AGUACCUUGGCCCAUCCACCGCUUUCUCUCCAUGUUGGCUUGAAACCUGGAACCUUCUUGGGAGUUUGUCAAGCCUAGUAAGGGCUCCCUAUCUUGCCGACUUUUGCUGAGAAGUGAGGUACCAGUCUUUCCCUUCCAUGACCUCUGGGAAAAUGUCUGAAAAACUGAGAAGAUGCAGGAAAGAGCUGACUGCAGCCAUCGAUCGGGCCUUUGAAGGAGUCAGCGAUUCCCAGGAGUCCCCUGGCCGGUCGUGGCUGGAGCCCGACACCGCGCCCCUCUCCUUCCGCCGCCCGGUGCGCGGGCUGCUCUGCCCGAGGCACCCGCUGGCAGCCUGCUCAUCUCCUGCUCCUUUCGCUCCUGUCCCGUGUACUCCCGAGAACGAGAGCCCUUCCUUUGCACCAAACCCUGCUCCAAUGAGUGCAAAGCCACAUGCUUUGUGCCCCCAAAGAAAACCUCUUACCAGCAAGGAAAACGUAUUGCUGCAUCCCUGCAUUUUGGCACCUGAAAGACAGUUUUGGAGGGCGGCAGGCGAUGGGGACAACUGGAGAAAAGACGGUCUGAGGAAGGAUACGGAGAAAGAUUUGAAGGUUGACUCAAACGUACCACUCAGCAAUUCUGGCCAAGAGGUCACAGGGGACGUGCUUGAAAUGAUCGACCAUACAAGCAUCCGAACUAUUGAAGAAUUAGCUGGAAAACUAGAAUUUGAAAACCAGUUGAACCAUGUGUGUGGUCGCGGUGAAGAUUUGCCCUUCAAGGAGGAAGCCUGGGCCCUGCUCAUGGACGAGCGCCCGCAGACGGCCUCUGAGGCCCACGCUGGCAGCCUCAGGCAGGCUUUCGACGAUCACAGUGUCAUCGAGACAGUUCUGGAUUUGGAAGAGGACUACAAUCUGAUGACGUCUUUUAAAUACCAAAUCGAGUAAGGACAGUGGCUUUAGCUUUGAUUCUUUGCAGCAGGAGGCGGAGGCUGACAUUAAAAGCAUCUGCACAGUUGUCAACAGAGGCCACGUUUUUCAAAGGGUUGACAGUCCCUGAAUUACCACACGCUUGGUAACUUGCAGUCUUGUCCCUUUUGAGCUGAGAGACCUUUUUUUAAAUUCUGUUGGCUUUGAAAUGUUUCUUACGGUUGAUUUUUUUUUCAUUUUUCGUGACAUCUGUUUUUUUUUUUUGAUUGAUGUUCAAUAUACCCAGUACUCAAGGCAGGUGCAAACCAUGGGCCUCGGCCC